AUAGUUGCCGAUACCGAGACUAUAUAUAUUGAUAACAUUCAUAAGCCUUAUGCAGCUGGUCUAAUGAUUGUUCGUCCCGGUGAAAAAAUCAAUAAGAUCAUGAUUAAUCACUACUUCAGUGAAGACUACUCUAUAAUCUUGGAUUCCUUUGAAGAAAGGAGUACUAAAGUCUUAUAUGACUUUGUAUUAAGGAUCUUAAGUAUUGUUAGAAAAGAGAAAGAGACUUUCACUAUUUAUUUCCACAACUUCUCUAGAUUCGAUGGAAUUAUUUUGAUUCAGCACCUAGCAUAUCAUCACAAGAGCUUGAAGCUUAAACCACUGAUGAGGAACAAUCACCUUUACGAGUUAGCUGUCUAUUCAGGUAAGAAAUUGUUAUUCCGCUUCAGAGACUCCUUGAAUCUACUCCCUGGAAAACUGAACAACCUUGCUAAGAAUCUUUGCCCCGAUCUUGGCCCUAAAGGCUCCAUCUCAAUCCCAUAUGAAAAACUUCAAGUGGAGAAUCUGAUUCAUAAUCGAACAGAAUUGUUGGAUUAUAUGAAACAGGAUAUUCGUCUAUUGGGUGGAGUAAUGCAAAAAGCUCAAGAGAUAUAUUGGAAGCUGUACAAGAUGGACAUUGAAAGCAAGAUCACCAUUUCCUCACUUGCUCUUAGCAUCUUUCGUUUCAAAUACUAUAAUGUAUCUAAUUUUCCAAUCCACAUCCCAAACAAGAAUGAAGACAGCUUUAUUAGGCGUGGUUAUUAUGGUGGUCAUGCGGAUGUCUAUAAGCCCAUUGGCGAGGACCUCUACUACUAUGAUGUGAACUCUCUCUAUCCCUUUGUAAUGAAGACAUUUCCAAUGCCUGGUGGUCAACCUGUCUGGCAUUCUAAUCUGGAAAGCAUGGACUUAGAUAGCAUGUUUGGCUUUAUUGAGGCAUAUGUGGUAUGUCCGAAGACUAUCAAAAAUCCCUUUCUUCCCUAUCGUGACAAGAAUAAUACUCUCAUCUUUCCAACCGGAGAAUUUGUUGGAGUCUACUAUACAGAGGAGUUAAAGUAUGCUAGAGGCCUAGGCUACACGGUCCUCCCAAUCUCAGGAUACCUCUUUAAGAAGAUGGAAAGCCCAUUCAGGAGCUUUGUUAGCUCACUCUUUGAGAGCAGGUUAGAUGCAAGGAAAUCGGGUAAUGAAGCAAUGGCCUAUGUUUACAAGAUCCUAAUGAAUUCCCUAUACGGUAGAUUUGGCAUUAACCCUAAAAGCACGACAACCGAGAUCUGCGAUCAAUCUCGAUACAUAUAUUUGAUCAGGAAUAGUGAGUUCAUACACGGUGAUAUGCUUUGCGAGAACAACUACAUCAUUUCCUACCAUAGCAAUACCGAGAAGGGCACAGAUUAUUGGAAGCCACCGAAGAACUCUGCUGUCCAUCUAGCAGCU